AUGAUGACCAUCGACAGUGCCCCAAAGGAGGGCACCGCGCACUACUUCCACGCAUCUGUUUACAAGUUCACGAUGAUCGCCCGCACCGCUGUUAUCACAACGUUUCAAGCAAAAGUCGGCAACAUCGCCGCGCACUGCAAAUACAACACAAAAAAGGAUAUAUUUAUGUUGGCGUGUCCAAGCUCGCAGGGCGCUUUCUGUGACGAGGUGCUGUACGAUGUUUUAACUCGAUACAUCGAUGAAGAAUUGGCAUCAGCGCACCGCGAUCGUCGAUUGCCCGAGGUGCAUCAAUUCGCGGAGAGUAAAUGGGAAUGGGAGCAGGAUCGCGAGGAGGAAUCAGACUGCGUUGCCGACGAGGACGCCCCGCGAGUAUUCCGUCCCCAGGCCGUGACCUCACACACCAUAAUGGCCACAGGAGAGUGCAGGAAACUCAAGUUCUUUCGGCUACACGAACUCCCCGAAGCAUUCUUGCGGCGCACUUUGUGUCCACGCAGCAACACUUCAUUCUCCAACGUCAUAAAUGGUCUGACGUGCYGAGCUGUGUGCUGGCAAAACAAUGAGGGGUAUCUGUUCAACGGAUGUGACGGCGCGGAGUCACUUCGUGGAAGCAACAAUUACCAGCAAGUGGAAUAUCCAAAGUUUCCGGUUCUAAAAGACACGAGGGAUCAGGCCGUCCUAGACGAGCUCGACCGCGAAGAGGCAAAAAAGGCUGCGGCUAGCCAGACACAAGCUCGUCUCCCUGGUCCUGGAGUCGACAGUUGGCUCGAAGCAGUUGAUCAGACAGAACAGGUGACACCCGAUGAGGCGGCGGAUUUGCCAAAGGCAACCAAAGGAAUGCUGGCAGCCGAUGAGAUGCAUGGCUUUGGGCGACCAAGAGUCCCCAUCGGAUUCAUGCCUGGCAUGACAGAGCAAGAUGAUCCUUCCGAUGACGAGCAAGCUCCAAGCGUGGCCAGGGCUCCGUUUGAGGUACUGAUGCUGACCGGAACACCGGGGAAUACUAUACUUGUGAGAAGUUUGUCGAGCUCAGAGACGAGCUCGGUGAGCUCGGAUUCCGAAUCUACGGCUGAGAUAGGAGCGAGAGGUGCGCGGGGCGAUUUCGCCUCUCUGUUGCCCGUGGGUGAGAGCAACGAAACGCCCCUGAAAGUUGGCGAGCGGCCAGCGAUCCCCAACCCUGCGCAGAUGUCUGGUCCUCCAGAGCAUUUUCAAUUCCAGCRGCGUGCAGAUCCCACCACCACAAUCUCAACUACCCGAAAGGCGAUGGCCCCACCGUCUACUGUACAAGACCCCGCCGAAUUCACUGCGUAUGACAAGAAGUACGCCGUAGUUGAUAACUAUGGCCUCACCGCGAAUCCUACUCUCUCUGCAUUGCAUGCACUGGAGAAUGACGUGCCAAUUCCCGUGAAGGCGAAGCGCCAGCCUGUCGCACCACGGGUCAGGAAGCCUCAGACAGACGUCGACGACAGCGCCCACUCGAAAAUUGGUUCGAUAUCGAAAUCUGUUGCGUCCACCUCUGCUCUUACUGCGCACGGUAACAGCAAGUCUGCCUUCCCAGCAACGUGGGAGCAGAAUAUCAACAGCGGCAGGGCCCCCACCAUUGGGCUGAUAGAUGCUACGUCGACGCCUCUGUCGAGACCUCUGAGACCACCGCCUGGCUUUGAAAACAUUUCAGAGAAUCACCGUCAACGUGAUGUGCCAUCGACCCUACACACUGUCUCCCACAGUCUCGUCGAUACAACUGAAGUCGGUCUUAUGGAUAGGUCGCCUCCUCGCGUAAACACAGCUCAGAGGCCAGCAUCGAGCAAGAUCCUGCAGCCGAAAUUGUCCACAAGCAGGUCAGCUAGUGAUACCGAAAUUCCUCUUGACAAGUUGGCCGUCUUCCCGCCAGCCUUCGAUCGCAAGCGCAAUACCAUGAAUCAAAAAGCCGGAAAGAAUGUCAAGAGCAAAGGCAAAAAGUUCUCAAAUGCCGGCGGAAAGAAAAUCGUUGCGGAGCUUCCCAAACCUGAUCCUCUACCUGCUCCGCGAGAAAAGAAGGUCAUCGAGGUCGCAACACCAAACUCUAGAAAGCAGAGCAUGCUCAAGCCUGGCCAGCGAGCCAAAGUCGAUGCUCCGCCACCAAUCCCAAAUGAGUUCCAGCGGGUCCUUUCCGAGAUCAUUGAAAAGCAAUCAUCAUCGGACAAUGAGGACGAUGACAAUAUGUCUACAAACAAAGCAUGCAAGCUGCUGCUGAAGUUUUGUCAGCUCUUACUCCUGCCCGAUAGUGUCGACUUCAGCAAGCGAGCAGCUUCAUCGCCCGAAGUCAUCCAGGAAGCCAUUGCAUCUUCCAAGCCUGACGUACACUACUUCCCACGUCUUACGAGCUCAAUUCUUGAUGCGCACAAGUUGAUCGAGCUCAUGGGAGCUGGUGUGACACCCGAAUUGGUUUACGAGGUCCGCAUCAAGGAUGCUACAGGUGUAACCUUGCUCUGUAAGAUACCAGCACGCGACAAGACUCKCUUUACCAUCAAGCCUCGUGACGACACCCUCGCGUGCGAGUUACUACACUACCCUACCCACGUAUGGGACGCCAGAAUGUCACUCGCUCAGCCUCGCGUGGACCAUGAGUCGCGCUCGCAUGAUGCAAUCGUGCAAUUCGUUUCUUCAAUGUCAACAGAGGACAUCACACCAUCGUUCUGUGCAUGGGUCGCUCCUGGAUCGUUCGAUGUCGAAGCAGUUGAGACCCACCGCAUCUUUGAGAACGAACAAGACAGUAUCACGUUCCGGGUGGUCGAGAAGCAACACUUGAUGAUUGACGAGGGCUUCAGAAACGGUCGAUACAAUUUUCGCGCAGUAUCAUGUGCAGACGAGGCCGAGAUGGUCUACGAGCAGCGUUCGUGGUGGGAGGCCAUGUUGGAGACCACCGAGCUGGAGAAGAGACAACAAGUACAAGACAUCGCGACUUUUAUAGUUGAGACGAUCGAUAGUGUUGGGUUGCAGAAUGAAGGUCCGUGGAUGGUGGCCGGUGAGGAUGAGGAGGAGAAGCACGCUGCUCCUGCUCUGCUUUACGACGACUUGGGUCGAAAGCAUCUCGCGGAGAAGAAGAAUCGUCGCUAUUAG